AUGGGGCACGCUGUACACCAGUUCAAGGCUCUGUUUUGGAAGAAUUGGCUCUGCCGUGUGAGGCAACCGGUCCUGUCUCUCACUGAAAUACUCUGGCCAUGUGUGCUUUUCUUGAUUCUGGCUGCAAUCCGCUUCCAGGAGUCCCCAAAGUACAAGGAAAACUGUUACUUAGAAGCUCGGGAUUUACCAAGUCGGGGCCUUUACCCUUUCAUGCGGAGCCUUUUCUGUAAUGUUGGUUCAAGAUGCAAGAAUACUAGUUACACAACACAGAAAAACAACCGCUUACGGGCUAAAGAGCUCCUUGUGUUUGAGAUAUCAAAGAUGAUCCUUCUCUUUAGGAUGGAUUUGAAUGAAGUGGAGGAAAUGAUUUCUAGAGCAGAAAACCUGUACAAACAGCCCUAUUUAUGGAACCUUCUGCAUUCACUCCCUCACCUUGAAUUGAACAGCUUUUAUACAGAAGAUGAGUUAGCUGCUGUAGCAUGGUUUCUAAAAGUUAUUCAAAAUACCUUAGCAUCAUUGAAGGAUUUAACUAUGAUGCCAUUGGGCAAAAGUUUCUAUGAAGUGGUGAAAACAGCACUGAAUUUAACUGCUACAUCAGAACAGGACAGGAGCUUGGAAGGUUUUCAGUAUAAUCUUUCUCUUGGGGAUGUUUUGUGGAAUCCACAUGCUGUGAGAGUAGAACUUGAAUCCAGGUUUGGUUUUGAUGAUCUUCAUGUUGAGAAGCUGCUAAGUUAUACAGCACAAUUAACAAAGAUUCCCACAGGAGAGACACUGGACUGGUUUGUGUGCUCUGCUCUGUCCAGUGUGCCAGAAGAUAAAACAAACAAAGAGAAUAAUGAAGAGGGCUGUGUUUCUGCAUGGCGUGAGGCCAAAGUGUAUCUUGUUCACGCUGUCAGCAAGCUCAGACUCUAUGCACAGGUAUUUGAGCAAUGGUUCAGCGGCAGCCUCUCUCAGAAACUCCUUUUGGAACUUGAAAGAAGCAUGGCUGAUUUAAUGUCUCAGUUUCUAGAUGACAGGAAAGCCAGGAAACUUUUUUCAGAGAUAAAUACCCUGAUCCAGCAAUGGAAUGAGAAAUCGGAUGCCUACUUUUCAGAAGGAUAUACUGCAUCUCAUGAUCUAAUCCUGCAUCUGGAGAGAAUGCAGUUCGUACUUCAGGGUGUACCUCAGUGGCCUGUUUCAAAGAGAUUGCUUCUGGUAGAUGGAGCUAUAAGGAACGUAAUGGCACAGUAUUUAUACUUCACUGAAGAAGCUUUACGUAGCCUGGAAAAACUGAUUCCUUUUGCCCAAAGAGAUGGAUUCAUUCAUCUAGACAUCAGAAAGCUCUUUGUGGAGCUAAAACAGAUGUUGAUGAGCAACGCUUCCUAUAUAUGCAAUGAUGUGCUUACAAUGUUUGAGAAGACCCUGAGACUUCCACAGGGCUCAGAUGACAUUGACAUUUUAGCAAUAUGCUCAAAGGUGACCUUCAAGCUAAGUAACCAGGUCCAGUCACUAAAGGAAUCUGUCCUGCUUCUGCAGAAAGUAACUCAGGGACGACAGAGCCUGCCAGAUUCAAUAAUGGAUGAUUAUUUGGGAUGGCAAGAAAUAGAAGACCAGCUAACCAAAAAUUAUGCUUAUUACUGUGAAAUUAACCAACUGCUGAGCACAAAGGCACCAUCUGAGGAGGAUGUCCAUUUCAGCUCUUGUCAGGAACAGCUGCUCUUCUCACUAAUUAAUAAUACACUUGAAGAAAUUUUGUUUGCUUUUGAGGGAAACCCAUACUGGAAGGAUUUAACAACUUUUAUCAGUUGGACAUGUGAGAUAGCUCAAUACAUGAAUAAAGAAGCAGGCUCCACGGGAGGUCAGUCAGAAGUCAUAGAAGAAAUUAUGAUGCUUGGUUUCUCAGCUUCUUCAAACCAGUCUCUAAUUGAAAACGUCUUGAAUAAUAUAAUUAUAUGGAUGAAAAAUUUUCCUGAGGGGAAGGAAUCUGCCACCAAUUUCUCACUUGCAGUUUCUGAACUCCAUAAUGAGCUACAAAAAAAUUUCCAGCUUCUUCAGAGAUUCUGGAUGAAAGAGAAGACAGAAGUUUUCUGGCAUAUAGUGAAAAUUUUAUUCUAUGAACUUGAUUCUAGGCUCUCUCAUUUGAGUCAAGUGGAAGAGGAGGAGGUAUUGGAGACCUUAUCUAGAAUUAUAUUUUCCAUUACAGAAAACAAAAUCCAUAAGAGAAGUAUGUUAUUACUCAAAAAUAUCCUGACUGACUGGCCAGAGUUAAAUAUUGCUGCUUUGAACCAUCUAAAACACUUAAGUGAAAAUUUCCUAAGGAAUCUCUAUGAGGUUGGAUCAUUGACUGAUGAUCAUAUCAAUGUGUCUUUCAGCACAAUUCAUGGAGUGAGUAACGCCUCCUCUUUAUUACUCUCAAAUGCAACUUUUAUAUAUAAAGUACAAGAAUUAGGAGAAAUUGUGCACAAUUUCUUCAAAAACUUCCAAAAAUUAAACAGUACUAGUGUGGCCUCACUUGUUCCAAUACUUUUCUCUCUGUGUCAGAAUGAUGAUCUGGUCUUAAAUAUUGAGAGCAAUAGCACUCUGUUAACAUUUCUUUAUGAGACUUCAAAAGAUAUUUCAUCUUUUCAAGUAUGGCAUGAUUUCCAGGAUAAGGAUCAAGUUUUUGAUUUACUGUCCGAAACUUUUGAUAUUCUCUGGAACUUCACCAGUAAGUCUCUCUGUGAAAAGUUACUAAUCAUUUACAACCACACAGAGUUUCAGGCCCAGUCUCUUGCACAUAAAGGAAAAAAAGAGAUGCAAGUUGUCUAUAGCACUCUGAGCAGCCUUAAAACUUUGUUUAUAGAUGAAGAGCUCCGAACAGCUGCCUUUUGUUAUUUGGAACAGUUUCUUGAUGUCUCCCCAGAAUGCCUGGUAAACAAUGGGUGCAUUAAUUUUUAUCUAUCAAACAUGACUUCUGUAGAUUAUUCAGCAGAGAUUUACAACUUACUUCUGCUUCCAUUGGACAGUGUUCUGUCUAAUAUAACAAACUUCAGAGAUAAGGUAAGUGUGCCUUCUGCUUUGCACUGCACUUUUACAUGGCUUCAAACCUGGACAGAGAUUUUUGAAAAAGCAUCCAAAAUCUUAAAUUUGAAUUCAACCUUUUUUGUCUAUCUAAGAAAUGAUUUGGCAAAUCUCUCUGAAAGUCUUUUAAAUGCAACUCAUGACGAACUGUGCAAUAAUACGGCUAUGGUUAUUGCUGAAGCUACAACAGCAGCAAUGAAUCUAUUAAAAAUCAUAUUUGAAGGAGAUGGUGAUUUAAAUGGCUUGAAAGAUUUUGAAACUUUCCUUGCUAAUCUUCAAAGUGUAUUUAACAAUGCAGUUCAUAUCACAAGCUCGCUUAAAGGUAACAGUUUAGAAAAUGUUUUAGAAAUGAUGGGAGUCAUGAUAACUGAAUUGCAGCAAUCUAUUCUGAAGGUUGUUAAUGGAGAGUUUUUGAAUUCUUGGCUUGAUACCUUCAUCUCAGGAGGAUCUGAGGGAGAAGGUAGGGGUGCUGGUGUAUUUUCCAUUGGAAAUUCCCUUUCUACUAUUCUCAAGCUGUCCCAAAAGGAACUUGGAAUUAUUCUCACGGAGAUAAAAGACACAACUGCCUUCUUUAAAAGUGUAUCUCAAAGCAAAUAUAUGAGCAAACACAAAACAUUUCUCCAGAAACUGAUAGAAACAGCAGCCCUGAAUAUUGAACUGGUAAGGAAGGCACUUAAAAUUUUCAGGUCUCCUAGUUUUACUGACUUUCCAUUAAGAGAUGAUAAAGAGUUUAUAAAGCAUAUGAUAGCCUUGGUGCAAAAUAUGAGGAACAUGGAUGUUGAGUUCUUGAUAAGUCAAUUCAAACAAGUCCAGAGGAGCCUAGAUAAUUUCUUUAAAAAUAUCAAACCUUUGUAUGUUGAGAAGUCUGAGCUAGGAAUGUUAACAGACUGGUGGGAUGCAUUUGAGAACAAUUUGUGUAAUUGGAACCUGACGGACUUAUGGCAAAUAACACGACUCUUUGAACAAGAUGAGCUCUAUGAUGUAGAAGAGAUAUUCCAUCUCCUCCUCAAUGUCAUCAGCCUUACAAAAAGAUUAGCUCAUGGAAACAUCACACAAGCACUAACUGAAGUAUAUGCUUUCAUACUGACUCAGGAAGCAAAAAUGCCAAUGUUUACUGAAGAGGCGUUCUCUAAUCAAGUAGAAAGUCUUCUAAUGUUACUGGAGACAUUGACAGAUAUGUCUGACAAACGUGCAGAGGUCUCAGUUUGUUUUUCUGCAGCAUUCUGCUGGACUCUCACAACAGCAACACCUCAGAGUGAUCCCACUUUUAAACCUUGUGACUUUGUGCAUAGCAAUUCUACUCUUAGUUACAAUGCAGCCGUCAAAGUCAUUAAGGAGCUGAAACUCAUCACUCUGGAGGACAGUUCCUCAUGCACUAUGGAAGGCUUUCAGGCAGAUAUGACUCGCAAUCUGACUUGCUUUUUUCAUCAGAUCAAAGAAUGGAACUCUAUUCUUUUGAAGUUUUCUGAGCUCCACCAUGUAAAUAGCUCAGUUCUCAAAGAGUUGCUAGAUUUUUGGAAUGAGCUAUCCCUCUACGUUGUGCCACUGCAGGUGAAUAAUACAUACUCAAUCAAUUGUUCCUCCACACCGAAGAGACAAGUGGCUUUACAAAUUGUAGAAACUCUGGGCAGUAUGCCAGUGGCAGAAAUGGAGAUGGCCAAAGGUAUUCUUGAACAGUUGGAUGAUCUUUAUGGUGGUCUGAGUUGGAACAGACAUUCAAGAACAUCACUUAUAAAGACUCUUCUUACUAAUGUUAAGAAUAUGACGAGUGAAGUUUCUGGACUCCUGGAUACAGCAGGUGUCCUUUCUUUUCUUUCUGUAAUUCAGCCUUUAAUGACUCUGUCUUCUGUUGGAAACCAGACAUACUCAAUGCUUAUGAUAUUAUCAGCUUUAAAUGGAAACAGUAAUGUAUCUGAUAACUUUGAGAACUUCUGGUUUCCUAUAGUUACAAGCAUAGAAGAUUUAUUGGUGAAUUUUAAUGUUAGACACUUACUUGCAGUGAUAGACCAAGAGUUUCAAUUACUAAGGUUAGCCACUGGACAGUCCUCUUCAAUGGCUCUUGAUGCUUUAAUACAGCAGUUUAAUACAUCAUCUGUAAAUGCUAUGUUAAGAAAUGUUGAAGACAUACAAGAAAUUGUGAACAGCUUUCUAUGUGAGUGUAACAAUAAAAAUUAUUCUAAAGUAAUGCAUACUCUAAUUCUCCUUAUGGCUAAUGAAAAUUCAUCAAAUGACCUACUGCUGGUUGUCAAAGACACUAUUGACUUUCUGGAACUAUUCCAAAAUAAGUCUAAGGAAGAUCAUACCCGUAUGUUGUUUGUUGAUGAUCAUCUUAGCAGAGAAAACUUGAAUAAUACUCAUACUGCUAAUUCAGUUUUGCUAAACAGUCUCCUUCAUAUAAUUGCUGAUCUUGCUCUUAUAGAAGAAACUCUGCAGACAAACAAUACUGAGCUUCAGAUAGUUGACUUCAUUGAUUCAUUUUUUGAUAACUCACAAUAUAGAGAAGUUUCUACUUGGUCCCAAAACAGAACUCUGGAGAUCAUGCAAGAGAUCUUGCAAAUGAUGUAUCAGUCUACCACAGAACAUGACAGGAACAAAAUAACCUUCUUACUAAAGGAUUUGCAUAAGGAUACAAUGGCAGAAAUGAGAGCAUCUAAAAUCUGCAGGAUUCUUCAGAAACAUUUGUACCCUGGUAGUGUCCUACUAUUGCAGGAGUUGCAGUUUACCAUUUUGAAUAUUCUUAAAAUUUUUUCAGAAGAACCAAUUGUCAUUGGCAACCUUUUCUGUGUUGUUACAAAGUGUAAACGUGGAUUAACGAGUCACUUAAUCCUCUCUGUCAUUGAAGGAAUCACUCUGGUUCGAGAUCAUUAUCAGGAUAUUGAAAGAAUGUGGCCUGCUUUCAACAAGGAGGAUUGUGAGAGUAUGGCAUAUAUAAACCAAAAACUUUCCGAUACUUUGGAGAGCUUCCUGAGAGCCUUGCAGAAUACCAGCAAUGGCAGCUGUGAAUGUCAACUAAUGUUGGGGAACAUACAGAGACGACUGCAAAUGGUGGCUGAAAGUUUGGAGCUACAGUUGUCAGAAAAUCCAGUGGCAGCUUUUCUCAGCAAGUUUAAAUUUUUGAAUGAUGUGAAAGUCAAAGAGUGUGUGCAGAAUCUUACUCAGUUGAGGCUGGACAUUGGUUCUUCUGUCAAUAUUUCUGAAGAAACUAUCAGUACCAUCUUGGAAGCCAGCAUCUCUCAUUCAAAGGUUUUUUACAGUGCCUCUUUGGUAGCUUUAUCUGGAAGAUGUGAUGAAGAAGUACUUAGCCUGCUCCUAAACCUACCUGAAAACAGUAAAACUUCCCUGGUGGUGGAAGAAUUAUGUUCUUUACCAGCACUGGACUUGUAUACCAUGUUUGUACUGAUUAUACAGAAUUUGAACUUACGUCAUAUCAUUUACAAGAUUAAGAUACCAUCUGAGAUAGGCAAUGUACUAAAUGUGCUACUGGAUGUGGUUUCUAGUAUCAGCUCUCUUCUCAGUAAAGCCCACCAUGUCAUGGAAAACCUUCCAGUGUUCCUCCAAGGAAUUCAAAAUAUUGGUGUGCUUGACAUCUCUGCAUUGCAGCAGUUCUUGCAAGGUGGGCAGUUCAGAAGUUCAGCUAUUGGAUCCCUGGAGUCUGUAAUCAAGGCAGUGUGUAAAGAAGAAUCUUCAUUUUUCAGCAAUGCAAACCUGUUCAUCGACAUGCCUAGAAUCAUGGGACUCUUGGAGGACAACAUGGCAAAAUAUGGCAUUUCUGAAGACUCAACUCCAUUCUGCUUGAAGCUUUAUCAGGAGAUUUUGCAGUCUUCUAAUGGGGCUUUGCUAUGGACUUUCCUGAAACCUUUAUUACAUGGGAAGAUACUGUACAAUUCAAACAUCAACAUGAUUGACAAGGUGAUGGAGAAAGCUAAUUUCACUUUUGGUUUUGUGGAAAACUUGAAGACUUAUUCUGAGACAUGGCUUAGGAUGUCUGAGGUUUUUAAAACCAGUGGAAAUGUCCUCACGGUCUCACGGCUGCAGGAAGCACUGCAAAGCAAUUUCAUAAAGCACUUUAUAGAAAGUAAUUUGGAUAUUGACAUGGAAAAACUCAUUAAAAAAAUGCAAGUAUAUGAAACAAUGAUGAACAAGAUGCUUAACAGCUCAGCAAGUAAACAGAUUGACCUGUUGUCACAGCUUGUAGUUAAUAUCUCUUCCUGUGUGUUACUGGACCGUUUCCAGCCUUUUGACUCUGUUGAGAAAUUGGAGGAGAAGGCUCAUGAACUUAUGCAGCAAAAUAAUUUUUUGGCUAGUAUCAUCUUCGAUACACCAAAGAACAAGACACAAGAUUCUAGCAAUCUCCUUCCACGACACAUUUCAUAUACGAUUAGAACCAGUGUUCUCUACAGCAUGAGAACAGAUUUGAUUAAAAACCCAGCGUGGAAAUCCCAUCCCCAGAAGUUGCCAGCUGAUGGGUUUAAAUACAACCACAUCUUUAUUCCUCUUCAAGACAUGAUUGAAAGGGCAAUUAUUUCAGCACAGACGGGGACAGAUACCUCGGAGCCAGCCAUUCAGGUGCAAGCCAUGCCUUACCCUUGUCAUACCAGUGAUCUAUUCUUGAACAAUAUAGGGUUUUUUUUCCCCCUUAUGAUGAUGUUAACAUGGAUGGUUUCAGUUGCUGGCAUGGUUCGCAAGCUGGUCUAUGAAAGAGAAAUUAAUCUUGAAGAGUAUAUGAAGACAAUGGGUGUACAUCCAGCCAUUCAUUUCUUUGCUUGGUUUCUGGAGAACGUCAUUGUGCUCACAAUAAGCAGCUGUGUUCUGGCCAUCAUUUUAAAAGCAAGUGGUAUCUUUGCUUAUAGCAAUGGCUUCCUCAUCUUCCUUUUUCUCCUGGAUUUUGGAGUUACAGUUAUUAUGUUAAGCUAUUUUUUGGCAGCGUUUUUUAGCAGUGCCAAUACAGCAGCUCUAUGUGCCAGCCUUGUGUACAUGAUCAGUUUUUUACCCUACAUAGUUUUGUUGGUCUUGCAGAACCAGCUGAGUUUCACCAACAAGAUUAUAAUGUGUCUUCUGUCUACAACUGCCUUUGGGCAAGGAGUAUUUUUCAUUACAUUAUUUGAGGGCCAAGAAAUAGGAAUUCAGUGGAAUAACGUGCACCAGUCAACGGCACAAGGAGGAUACAUGACCUUUGGAUGGAUGUGCUGGAUGAUGUUCUUUGACUCCAUUUUAUAUUCUAUAGGUGGCUGGUAUUUCAGCAAUAUUAUUCCUGGAAAAUUUGGAUUAAAGAACCGAUGGUACUUUCCCUUUACUGUUUCCUACUGGAAGAACCUGUGUGGUGCAGAGAGGAGGAAGAGAUAUUAUCUGAGUUCUAAUAUGGUUUUCUUCAACAAAAACUUCCAAGAAAAAGGUUUCGCUUUGGAAAUCAGAGGCCCUUGCGUCGAAGGAGCCACCAUUGGUGUCAUGCUGCUGUCUCUCACCAAAGAGCACAUGGAUGGCCAGAAGGCUGCUAUUAAAGAUCUCAGCCUCGCCUUCCACAGAGGUCAGAUAACAGCGCUCUUGGGACCUAAUGGAGCUGGCAAGACAACGGUCAUAUCACUGUUGACUGGUCUGUAUCCACCGAGCUCUGGUACCGUUAUUAUUAAUGGAAAGGACAUACGUACUGAUCUGGCUGCCAUCAGGACAGAGCUGGGUGUUUGCCCACAGUAUGAUGUCCUGUUCAACAUAUUAACGGUGCGAGAACAUCUGCUGCUUUAUGCAUCAGUGAAGGCACCUAGCUGGACAAAGGAACAACUGAAUCAGCAAGUCAGUGGAGCUCUGGAAGAUGUGGAUUUAUCCCAACAUCAGUACAAACCUGUUGGAGCCCUUUCUGGGGGAAUGAAAAGGAGGCUGUCAAUUGCCAUCUCCUUUAUUGGAAACUCAAAGACAGUUGUUCUAGAUGAGCCUACCAGUGGACUAGAUCCAUGUUCUCGCCGUAGCAUCUGGGAUGUUCUUUUGAAGUACAAAGCUGGUUGCACACUGAUCUUUACCACUCACCAUCUUGAUGAGGCAGAGCUGCUCAGCGAUCACAUUGCCAUCCUGCAGCGUGGCCAGCUGAGGUGCUGUGGUUCUCCCUCUUAUCUGAGAGAAACAUAUGGCCAGGGACACAGUCUAACGCUCAUAAAAAAGCCCUCUGUGUUUGAAAUCCAGGAUCCUAAGCAUAUUGUUCGGGUCACAUCUUUGGUACAGACCCACAUCCCAGAAGCCUUCUUGAAAGAGAACAGUGGGACUGAGCUGACAUAUGUGAUUCCAGAAAAGGCAGAUGAGACGUCUUUAAAAGGUCUUUUUCAGGCUUUAGAUCAAAGCCUUCAUCAUCUGCAUGUGACUGGCUAUGGCAUUUCUGACACCACCUUGGAAGAGGUAUUUCUGAAGCUACUGCAGGACUCAGAGAAGAUGCCCUAUGUUCCACAGGCAGCACAACUGGACCAUACAAAUGGUGCAGAAUCAGCCUAUACCUCACUUACGGGGGCCUCAAGUGUGCAUGGAGCCCGUCUUGUUCUCGCACAGAUUGUUGCCCUUUUGAUGAAGAGGUUUCACCACACUAGGCGAGACUGGAGAGGAAGUCUGUCAAAUGUGCUGCUGCCUGUCCUCUUUGUUGCACUGGCAAUGGCCUUGUUUAGUGUGAAGCCACUGGCUAUUGAUUAUCCUUCUCUCAAGCUGACACCAAGACUUCAUGACAAUGCAGAAUCCUUCUUUAGCACUGAAGAUGAUAACCUAGGAAACCUUUCUCAGAUUCUAUUGAGAUAUUUCUCUGAUUGGGACCACACAUGCAUGCAUUCUGAACAAGGAAAAAAUAAUUCAUGUUGGCAUAUGGAAUCUACGUCAUCCCAGGAUUCGUGCAGAUGUGUGGCUGAACAAGAGAUGUGCCGAAGUUUCAGUACCUCUGCUCCUUAUGUGAAGAAUAAGAAAGGACAUAUUUUGUACAAUCUUUCAGGGUUCCUUGUGGAAGAAUAUUUAGCGAGGCCUUCCAACAAAGCAAGAUACGGUGGUUGGUCUUUUGAAGGGGGAAAAGCAUUUGAACUUCAAGAUAAAAAAUUGAAUAACACCAAAUCUAAGCCUCUGGCUAAGGUGUGGUACAGCCAAAAAGGUUUCCAUUCACUGCCAUCCUACUUAAAUGAACUCAAUAACUUCAUUUUGUGGCUGAAUUUGCCUCCUAAUGUGGAUUGGAGACAGUAUGGGAUCACACUCUACAGCCAGCCAUAUGGAGGAGCCUUGCUGGAUGAGGACAAAAUAAUGGAGAAUGUUCGUCAGUGUGGGGUAGCACUGUGCAUCAUGCUGGGAUUCUCUAUCCUUACCGCAUCCAUUGGAAGUGCCAUAGUGAAAGACAGAGUAUCUGGCACAAAACGCUUGCAGCACAUCACAGGCCUGGGUUACAAAACUUAUUGGCUUGCUAACUUCUGCUGUGAUAUGCUGUUUUACAUGGUUCCAGUCACGCUGUGUGUUGGUGUUAUUAGUGCCUUCCAGCUAUCAGCCUUCACUUUCCGAAAGAACUUGGCAGCCACUGUUCUCCUGCUGAUACUCUUUGGCUAUGCAACUUUACCGUGGAUGUAUCUUGUAUCCAGAUUCUUUUCAAGUUCAGAUGUAGCUUUUAUAUCUUACAUCUCCUUAAAUUUUGUCUUUGGCCUAUGUACCAUGCUGGUGACUCUCUUACCUCGUUUAUUAACUAUAAUUUCCAAAGUGCAGAGUUUUCAGAAUAUCUACAAUAUCCUCAAAUGGGUGUUCAUCUUGUUCCCACAAUUCUGCUUAGGCCAGGGUUUAAUAGAACUUUCAUACAAUCAGAUCAAGUUUGACCUGACCAGCAACUUUGGAAUAGAUUCCUAUGUGAGCCCCUUUGAGAUGAAUUUCCUGGGCUGGAUUUUUGUGGAAAUGGCCGUGCAGGGAACACUACUUCUUCUUUUACGGCUUUUUCUUCAUUGGGAUUUCCUUCAGAAACCAAGGGGUCAGUGUUCAAUUAACAGCAUGGUCAGCCCUUCAGAAGAUGUUGAUGUAGAAAUGGAGCGACAGCGACUCUUUGGUGGAAGAACUGUUAAUGAUGUUCUCCUUCUGUACAACCUCAGGAAGUGUUAUGGAGGUUUCAGUAAGAAGAAUACAGCUGUGGAAAGCAUAAGCUUGGGAAUACCUAGGGGAGAGUGUUUUGGACUCCUGGGAACAAAUGGAGCUGGGAAAAGCACAACAUUUAAGAUGCUGACUGGAGAUAUCAUCCCAUCUGCAGGACGUGCUGUUAUCAGGACUCCUACAGGGUCAGAAAUGGAUAUACUGUCUGCUAGCUCUGAAGGCAUUCUCAUCGGCUAUUGUCCACAGCAAGAUGCCCUGGAUGAACUUCUAACGGGUUGGGAGCAUCUUUAUUAUUACUGCACGCUGCGUGGAAUUCCAAAACAGGAUAUCUGUAAGGUUUCAGAGGACCUUGUUAACCGGCUACAUCUCAAUGCUCAUGCUGACAAACUGGUGAGGACAUACAGUGCUGGCACAAAGAGGAAACUCUCUACUGCUGUGGCUUUAGUUGGUAAACCCCAAAUACUUUUACUGGAUGAGCCCAGCUCUGGGAUGGAUCCCUGCUCUAAACGCUACCUUUGGAAAACCAUCCUGAAGGAAGUUCAGGAUGGCUGUGCAGCGGUGCUGACAUCUCACAGUAUGGAAGAAUGUGAAGCACUCUGCACACGGCUUGCUAUUAUGGUCAAUGGAAGUUUCAAGUGUCUUGGUUCUCCCCAGCACAUUAAAAACAGGUUUGGAGAUGGCUAUUCUGUCAGGGUCUGGCUUAGUAAAGAAAUAAGCUAUCAAAGAAUGAUAUUGGACCACCUACAACUGUACUUUCCUGGAACACAGUUUAAGGGACAGCAUCUUAACCUGCUCGAGUACCAUGUACCGCAAAGUCAGGGAUGCUUAGCAGAGCUCUUCAGAGUCCUAGAGAAUCACAAAGCUUUUCUCCAAAUCAAACACUACUCCAUUAGCCAGACCACGUUAGAGCAGGUAUUCAUUAAUUUUGCUAGACAACAGCAAGGAGUCUCGCAUUCUUCACAAGAGUCUCCUGUUGUUCAUCAUGACCGCCUGCCAGUCUAG